CGGCGGGAGGCGAGGCUCUUCGCCAUGCUGCGGCACCCCAACAUCAUCGAGCUGCGCGGUGUGUGCCUGCAGCAGCCGCACCUCUGCCUGGUGCUCGAGUUCGCCCGCGGCGGAGCGCUCAACCGCGCGCUGGCCGCCGCCAACGCCGCCCCGGACCCGCGCGCGCCCGGUGCGCGCCGCGCGCGCCGCAUCCCCCCGCACGUGCUGGUCAACUGGGCUGUGCAGAUCGCGCGGGGCAUGCUCUACCUGCACGAGGAGGCCGUCGUGUCCAUCCUGCACCGGGACCUCAAGUCCAGCAACAUUUUGCUGCUCGAGAAGAUAGAGCAUGACAACAUCUGCAAUAAAACGUUGAAGAUCACAGACUUUGGGUUAGCGAGAGAAUGGCACAGGACUACCAAAAUGAGCGCCGCGGGCACUUACGCUUGGAUGGCCCCGGAAGUCAUCAAGUCCUCCUUGUUUUCUAAGGGAAGUGACAUCUGGAGCUAUGGAGUCCUGCUGUGGGAGCUGCUCACGGGAGAAGUCCCCUACCGUGGCAUCGAUGGGCUUGCCGUGGCUUACGGAGUAGCCGUCAAUAAGCUCACUUUGCCCAUUCCUUCCACCUGCCCUGAGCCGUUUGCCAAGCUCAUGAAAGAGUGCUGGCAACAGGACCCUCACGUCCGUCCAUCAUUUCCCUUAAUCCUUGAACAACUGACUGCUAUUGAAAAGGCAGUUAUGACCGACCUGCCUCAGGCAUCUUUUCAUUCCAUGCAAGAUGACUGGAAGCUAGAAAUUCAGCAAAUGUUUGAUGAACUGAGAACAAAGGAAAAGGAGCUGCGGUCCCGCGAGGAGGAGCUGACCCGGGCCGCCCUCCAGCAGAAGUCCCAGGAGGCGCUGCUCAAGCGGCGGGAGCAGCAGCUGGCCGAGCGGGAGAUCGACGUGCUGGAGCGGGAGCUCAACAUUUUGAUCUUCCAGUUAAACCAGGAGAAGCCCAACGUCAAGAAGAGGAAGGGAAAGUUCAGGCGGAGUCGGUUAAAGCUCAAAGACGGACAUCGCAUCAGCUUACCUUCAGAUUUCCAGCAUAAAAUCACUGUGCAGGCCUCUCCCAACUUGGACAAACGGAGGAGCUUGAACAGCAAUGGUUCCAGUCCUCCUAGUAGCCCCACGGUGAUUCCUCGGCUUCGAGCGAUACAGCUGACUUCGGAUGAAAGCAACAAAACUUGGGGAAGGAACACUGUCUGUCGACAAGAAGAGUUUGAAGAUGUGAAAAGGAGUUUCAAGAAAAAAGGUUGUACCUGGGGACCAAAUUCAAUUCAAAUGAAAGAAAGAACUGAGUGCAAAGAAAGAAUAAGACCUCUCUCAGACGGCAACAGUCCUUGGUCAACUCUCUUACUAAAGAAUCAGAAAACCAUGCCGUUGGCUUCGUUAUUUGUGGACCAGCCAGGUAAAUGUGUUUCUGAAGAGCCAAAACUUUCCCUGGACGGAUCAGAACACAGAAAACCAAAGCAAAUAAAAUCACCUAGUCAAGCCUAUGUGGAUCUACCUCUUUGGAAAGAUGGCCAGAGAGAGAAUCCAGUGGAACCUGGAAGCUGGGAGGAGGGAUUCUCCAUGAACCCUGCUGCUGUCACUCCUCAGGUGACCCCUACGAAUAGCCUGAGCAGAUCCCCCCAGAGAAAGAAGACAGAGUCUGCCUUGUAUGGCUGCACCAUGCUGCUGGCGUCCGUGGCUCUGGGGCUGGAUAUCAGAGAGCUCAAUAAAACACAGGCUGCUGAGGAACCGUUGCCCAAAGAAGAAAGGAAGAAACGCGAGGGAAUCUUCCAGCGGGCUCCCAAGUCCCGAGGCAGUGCAAGUCCUUCUACAAGGCCACCGUCUACAGGCGAAGGGGCCGGCAACCCACCCGUCUUCCCUCCAGCAAGCGCCCUGAGCCUUCUGUCCAUGCCCUCUCUCUCCACGAAGUGCUUGCUCCAGACCGACAGUGAAGAUGCGUCUGAGGGCAGCACCCACAUCACCUGUGACCCUGAGAUGCCCGCUCCAGAUUUCUGCCCUGCCGUCGGGGGAGGGAGUCACAGACCGCCCUCCACGCCAAGACUCAAGACUGAUCAGAGGAUGUGGAAAAACCUGCCUCCUCCUUUCUUAGAGCCGACAUGUGGGAAUGUGCCUUAUUACCCUUCUUCGAAAGAACAAGCAUUGCAUCACAGACGCACCCUGUCUGAUGGAAACGCUUCUCAGACCCCAGCUGGGACAACUCUCCUACCAGCCCCCAGAGCCUCUUACCUGCCACCUGAGCGGGUUCUGGGGAUCCCCCACCUCUCACAUGGGCCUCACGGUAACCUGCCAAAGGAGGCCCCGCCCGAAAAACAAAGAGCCGUCAGCAUCAUGCCUCUGCCUCGCCCUCCCUCCUCCAGGAGCCGAACAGAGUCUCAGCCCACAGGGGCCGACUCUGCCAUGCGUGGUCCGGGACCCACUGCUAACUGUUCCCUCGUUGCCCAGGAGAGAACUAAACCCCAUGUGCCUUCCCUACUGGACGCAGAUGCCGAAGGCCAAAGCAGGGACUGCACGGUGCCUUUGUGCAGGAUGAAGAGCAGAACUAGCCGACCAUCCAUAUAUCAACUGGAGAAAGAAUUUCUGUCUUAA